GUGACUGAACGGUAUGCUUGUGACUCUCGGUCAUUUAAUUUUUCAGGGACGAUACUUAAGUGUGAUCAUCUUAUUUUGUUCUUCCAGGGCUCAAUAACUACUGAGAGAACUUACUGUAGUCAUGGAGGAAGAUAUUGAUACCAACAUAACAAUCUGCUUUGGUUUUAAAAACAUGUGAAACAGAAACUGCAGUAUCUGAUAGGUCCAAAUCUAAUUGAAAUUCCAAGUUUUAAAAGCAGUAAAAUAAAGGACCGAACAUGCAAUUGAGAAGAAGUUUCUAAAGACCAACUCUUCUUUUGAUUACAGUCCAUAAUAUGAUCCCAAGAUAUAAGUAACUAUAAUCCUGACAUAUUCAAAAGCGACCAAGAUGGCAUCUAAUGCUCUGUCACCAGAAGAGGGAAACUAUGUACGAAUGGCAUUGUUACUCACUGGAAUUUCUCCACGUGCAGUUCGUGUCCUGUUUGAUAAAGAAUUUCCUCCAGCAUCUCUCAGUUCAUCGAUAAACACUACGACUACUAAGGCAACGCUGAAUAACUUGAAAAGAAGAAAAGUGAUUAACAAGAAACAGUGGGAUCUCCUGUUUCCUACCAGUGGCACCACAGAUUCUAAGACUUUUGAUGUGACACUGAUGAUAGCUUUGCUUAGGAACCUGCCAACCUCAACCUUGGUUCCUCCGGUAAAUGGGUAUGACAAUCUACCUGUUACUACAGAAACAAUACCUGCCUCAGAUUUAGCAAGAAUUAAACACUAUAGAAACUUACUGGCACAUAUUCAUGAUAGCAAGGUUGAUGGCACAUUAUUUACUACAGCGUGGAAGGAUAUAAGUGAUAUGGAUUUUCAAACAUUGAGCCACCUCACGGUAAACACAGGGGAGCUAAUGUAAACUAAAAAAGUGUCUCACUCGAUUUAAACAAUGAAAUAUAUAUUUCUUUCCAAAAUAUAGUCGAAAUGCUGUCCUGAUCAAAUAUUUAAUAUUUACAUUGUUUCUUAAUUCUGAAAUAAAUGAACAAUGAUUAGCUGCAUAAAAAAAGUUGUCAUAUGAGGAGGGCUAAAUUACAUAAAUAAACAUACAAUGAUAUACAAGAUGUA